ACGAGACAGAGCCAGCCCCCGCGUGGUCCUCCGCUCGGGCGACACGGGAGGCCCCUCCCCCAGCCCUAGCGCCGCCACUCUCUCCUCCUCUAUUUCCCCCUCGUCGUCGCCGGAGGAGACUGCCGAAGGCCGGCGCGACCGGCGGCGGAGCGUUUCUCCGGCAUUUCUUCUUCGUUUGCUCUCCCGGUGUUCAGAUUUGAGCGGGUUCUAUGUCGGGCGGCUCAAGUUCCAGCCGCGGGGUUACUGGGGCGGGUGCAGUCCCCCGCGCCGUCGUCUUCCUUGUCUCCGGCGUCGUCGGGGGCUGUGCUCGGCGGUUCAACAUCUGGUCCUACAGGUGCAGCCAGGCGAUGGAUUGGCGGCAUCUGCUGGUGGUGGCGGGGCUGCACCGUUUCGGCGGUAGACGCACGGCGUGGUGGGUCUAGAGCUGGCCGGCGGACGUGCUCCUCGUGGUGUUGGGUUUGUGGCGUGUGGGCCGGAUCUGCCCUGAACAGCUGGCGCUGGCGGCCGGUGGCGGCUGCGUCGAUGGUGGUUUGGGGCUCGAGCAGGCGCUGUGGUGCGGCGCUCUCUUCUUUGCCACCCUCCCCUCCCCUCACGGCCUUGUCUACUGCUGUGGGCGGGGCGUCAGCCGUGCGACGGUGAGGAGCGGAGGAUCUGACUCCUCAGUGGUGGUGUGUGGCGUCGACAUAUGGGCAGCAACGGCUCCGGCAGCAUUUGCGGUGGUGUACAUGCCAGCGGAUCUGGCGCGUCGCAACGGCUGCUGCCAGGGUUGGUCGACGGGAGGUGCGGCGCGUGGUGCUGCCGCUGCUCGGCCGGGACCGUGGGCUCAGCCGGAGGUGGUGGCGGUCCGCGCUGCUUUGCGACUGUUGUGGCAACCGACGCGUCAUUGGCCCUCUGGAUGGGUCUGUGUGGGUUGGUUGGGCGGCGGCGGCGGCUGUGGAGGUGUGCUUUGUCCCGGGGUCCUGGCCGGAUGUUGUGCUGGGGGUUUUCUUGGGCGAAAGCCUUAGCGACGGCGACGCUCCUGGGCGCCGCUUCCCCUGUUGAGGGCGUCGUGUUCCCUAGCUUUGUCUUCCAUGGGCGAAAGCCCGGUCCACCUCGGAUUGGCGACGAUGGCAUCCCCGACGUCACUCCCUUCCUGAAGGUGUCGCUACUGAAGUUCGUCUCGGCCACGUCGUCGCCUUCGGUGGUUGCUUUCGUCUUUUGGGUCCCGGUUUGCGUGUGGAGGUGGAGACUUGCACCGUGAAAUCGAAGUUGCUACGUCAGGGGAUGUGGCUUGGCAACGAUGACGUGGAGCGACCCCCUUCUUCGUGGGCUUGUUUGCUUCGAAGAUGAGGCAUUUGGCAGAGGCGGGGCGGUGGAUCAAGGUUUUGGAAGUCUCGCUGGUGAAGAAUCGGAGCUGUCUCGAGUAUGGUAUCUCGUGGCUUGGCCACAGUCUUCCUUCCUUCUCUUCUGUCGGUGUUUGUAGUCAUCGUCGUGUUUCCUUCGGCCUUGUGGUGCCUGUCUUGGGGAGUCGAGCUGCUCGUCACUUGUAUUGAACUCGGCAACGAUGACUCACGAUGGACAUUGUGUGUGUGGGGUUGUUGUUGUCUGGUUUGUUUGUAGUAUAGGUUUUAGGUCCGGUUUUUUUUAAAAUUAGGUUAAUUCCUUUCUUCUUAAUUGAGAGACAGAGCUUCUGCUAUUACGUUC